AUGAAGCUCUCAUCCGUUUUAGCGCUGCUUUGCAGCAGCGUCGCCUUGGCCUCAGACUUAGCCCUGGCUUCUCGAGGACCAAAAUGUCCCCAAAAAGAGGGUAGCAAAGACGAUCAGGCUAUCGCCUCCUGGAAAACACAAGAUCUUUGCUUCAAUUACCUCGGCGCUGGCAACUUAAACAAAGCUGCUUCUCCCUGCGCCGGACCAGAUGGCUCCUGCCAGAAGGUUAAGAAGUCAAAGUCUGGAGUCGAAGGCUGCAAGGCUUUCCCCAACCAGCCCGAGGUUCAAGACCUAGACCCGAGUACGAUUUCUAAGGAUGAGGACUGUAACGAAUUCAUACCGGGACAGUAUAUGUGCGAGUGCGACUUGUGUGAAGAGGUGGCUAGUAUCAGCAUUGAGGACCUCGAACAGCUGGACAACGUCAUCUGCGCUGUCAUGCUCUCCGCCUUCAAGACUAUCGCCGAUGUUGGUCUCAUGUUCGUCCCUGGAGGGCAGGCUCCGUCGGCCAUCAAGGCUGCCGUCCAGGGCGCCAAGUCCUUCUACGAGAACGGUGAAGAGGCGGCAUCCUUCUUCGGCAACUGGAUCGGCCCUACCUGUGGUGUUCCAGACUUCGACUUUGAUCUGUCGAUGGUCUUCGAACCUCUUGUCAUGGCUCCGGACUCCAUGUCGCGCGGCAAGACUGUCGGCUGCAAGAAGAAGUCUGGAUGCCGCAAGCUGGACCCCGCUCCCGAUCCGAAACCAGAGACCAAUUCAACGGUUGAACCAAGGGGAGAUAAGCACAGGGCCACCCGGAAGGGGAAGGCCAAGCCAACGGUUAAACCGACAGACAAGCCAAAGACUACCCAGAAGCCGACCCCGGCAACGACUACCACCACAACCAGCUCACUCGCCUCCUCCAGCACCCCCGGCGCCGGAUGUGCCUACUGUGGUGAGUUCAAAAACAAGGCUGCCCGCGAUGACAAGUACCGGAACAUAAAGACCUUUCAGGCACAUUAG